AUGAAUUUCUUCGUGUUCUUUUUUCUAGCGCAGUGCGCUUCGGCGAUGUUCAGCGACAAUUACCAGCAUAAGUCGCUAAGAGAAAGCGAGAAAAAGAGGGAGAAUUUGACUAUAGCGAUGUGCACAACUUCGGGUUUGAUCUUCAUCGGCUUGCUUUUUUCGUGCUUUUACAUGAAAUACAAACAGACACAUGGAGACCCCGACUACGGAAAAGAACGGAGAAAGACCAUCACGGAACAUUCCCAUCCUCAUGCCCUUGUUUGA